GAUCAGCAUGUUCGCAUGACCUCCGAGGGCACCGACUGCCGCUGCAAAUGCAUCCUGCGCCCGCUUGGCAAAGCGGCCUGUGCCCAUCUCCGGGAAGGCAGCCGCAGGGGGGAGGACUUCUACACCGUGGAGACGGUCAGCUCGGGGGGCGACUGCCGCUGCUCCUGCACGGCCCCCCCAGCCUCGCUCAACCCCUGCGAGGAUGAGUGGAAGAUGGAGAAGCUGAAGGACCAGGCCCCCGAACUACACAAGCUGCAAUCGGUCAUCGACCUGCUGGAAGGAGCCCUCUACAGCAUGGACUUGUUGAAGGUCCAUUCCUACAUCAACAAGGUGGUGGAGCAGAUGAACACCUUGGAAGAGACGGUCAAAACCAACCUGAGCCGCGACAGCAACGUGGUCAAGGAGAGUGUCAUGCACUUAAGCGACCAGAUGAGGCGCUACGAGAACUACUCGGACAUCAUGGCGGGCAUCAAGAAGGAGCUUUCGAACCUGGAGCAUCAGCUGCUGCAGAAGGACGCGGCCGUCGCAAGUCCCGAACUCAAGGCCCAGGACCCUGUGGGACGCAAGGAGAGCGUUCAGAAAUAUCCCAGUCCUCGGAAAAGCCUGGGGGACAAAGAGACCCCCAGAAGUCCCAAGGAGAAGUCCCUCAAGGCAGAGAAACUGAGGAAGGAGAGUGCCAAAGGGAGGAAGGGUCUGCCACUGCCCAGUUCCAAAGCCCACUCCUCCGGGCAGGAAACAGUCAUCCGGGGUGUUGUGUACUACAAAGCGGGACCUCGAACGGAAGCAGAGGGGGUGGCGAGCAGCCGUGAAAACCCUGGGAAGGAAGCUGGAUCCAAAAUGGCCGACCCAGAGACCCUCCCCAGGACAGGAGAAAUCCCUUCGACGGCUUCCCCCGCCAACGCCACCUCCGUGCCCAUCAUCCCCAGCAUCGGCGCCAUGCUCCAAAGUCGGCCUGGCACCCCUCUGCUGUCCAGGAGGCGUGGCCACGUCCCCGAGGUCCCUCCCACGCCCAGCCACGCACCCAGGGCCUCCUGCGAGGGGACCCUAAAGGCGGUGGAGCCCCCCCAGGAGCAGCAUAGCUACGGUCGGAACGAGGGCGCCUGGAUGAAGGACCCGGCGGCCUCCGAUGACCGCAUCUACGUGGCUAACUAUUAUUACGGGAACAGCCUGCUCGAAUUCCGCAAUUUGGAGAAUUUCAAGCAAG